AUGUCAACCCCAACCUCCUCCGCCAAAAAGAAAAAGAAGAAGUCCAACUUCGCCCGUUAUUCCUCCACCCCCGGCCAAUCCAGCCAUGCCCCUGCCAGCUUCACAGACGACAUGCGCGAUCGCCAGGCCCGCGGGAAGGAUCCCUACCGGGUGGGGAGCGAUGAGUCUGAGGGGGAAGAGGGGAUGACGAGGUUGGGCGAGAUAUCGGACAGGGAGAGCUUCAGAGUAAUCGAGCAGAGGCGGAUGGCAGCUCAGAUCCUUGCCGACCCAGAGUUACUCAUGAUGCACGCUCUUAGUAGACGGGAUAGUUAG